AUGUCGCCUUCGGAAGAACGCCUGAGCGGCCCGGACGGGUCUGCUUGGACCUGGAUCUUCGAUCACUGCCUUCGUUAUCCCGAAACCUAUGAGAUUCCUCUUCGUACCAUGUAUGCACUGAACUGCAACCCCGCGAGACAGCCUGGUACAGGGACGCAGUCUCCGGAAACUGCAUUCUCCAAUCGAUCGUCCAGCUCGUCCAAACUGUCUAUCCAGUCUCAGGACUUCUCCAUGGAUCCCGCAGCCGACUUCAGGGCGCAGUUGACUCACCAUAUCUCCCGCAUGCCCUCGCAACCGUGCAGUCUGCCGCCUAGUUUCGUCACCUCAUUCUUGCGCCGAUGCUUUGCCCCUCUACUCGAUGAGGUUGAUUUUCCUCAGGCAUUGACUGCGCUGGAUUACCUCAAAGACCUAGAAAAUCGCCGGAGAAGGGAGGUCGCUGCCGCCCUGCAACGUCUCAGUAUCCACCCGGAUGACCUCAAGCAAAAGGUCGAGCUGGGAAAGAAAUAUCCUGGAGUACUUGCCUGGAUUGAGUCCAUCAACGCUCAAGGCCGCAAGGUCGAAGCCCUUUACACUCAAAUUUACUUGGGCUUACGUCGAUGGAUCUUGAUCAAUGAAAUGCUGUUGGAACCACACAACAAAGCAAAUUGCAUUGCCAUGUUGAACACCCUCUUCCCUCCGGUUACUGAGUCUACAGUAACUCCUACCUCUCAACUCACUACUCAGAUCCUCAAAUCGCAACGAGACGGAUUUUUCCGAUACAUCUCUGCGUUUGAAACCAACGGUAAGCAGAUGCUGGACAAGGUCAUCGCCCAGGGAGCGCCGGAAGGUGAGGCGAACGGGUGGCCGCUUGUUCGAGAUGCAUUGGACCAAUACCUUCGGAUCACCAAUGAGAUGAUUGACGAGUGUGCGUUGGUCAAUGGUCCUUCCAGUCUCGAUGGGAAAGUGCAACCCGUUCCCCGUGGCCACAAAAGCCGCAAAGUGGAUUCAGGUAUCAGCUUCGGCUCCACAGAUCGGCUCCCUACCCCUUCAAUUCGCAGUGGCAACAGCAACGAAGAUAUUCUGGACAAACCUCUUCCACCAUCUCCAGAGAAACCUCUCCCUUUAAAAUCGAGUGGUUCGGCUCUAGAUCGACUGGCUCGUGAGAUCCGAAAGCUCGGCGAUGUUGGCAAGGCCAAGAGCCUCAAGAAAAUGCGUUCAACAGCUGCGCUCAGCGUUCGCCCUGAGAAUCUCCCUAGUCAUACGCCAGACGAAGAAUCAUUCUUUGAUAUUGACGAACAAAAGCGUCGGCGUCUCAUCUGGGAGGCUACUGCUCGUAAACGCACCCAUUCCAAGCAGUCCAGCUCGGACUCUCGAUGA